AUGGCAGGAGGAGAGACACAAAAGGCAAAAAAAGAAAGAAUUGACAAUGUUCUGUCAAAUGUUGGGGCAUACCAAAGAAUAUACAAGCUAUUAUGCGACAACAAGACAGCCUUCGUGCAGAAGCUGAAGAGAGACUUCAGAAGUGUAAAGUCUGAGCUGUUCUUUGGAAAGUACAAGAUGAUAGAAAAAGUACUAUCAAGAACACUGGACCCAGAGCAAAUGACCAGCCUCAGAGGGACAGUUGAGUACAAGAAGUCAGAUAAGGUAUUUUUAUACCUUCUGACAGAUUUACCCCAGGAGAAGAUCCAGAGCAUAGUUGAAAAAGUCACUCACUUCGACUACGAAAGAAAAGGAGACACUCUGUGCAAGGAUAUUGUCAUUCCAGUGGGAGAACUUCUUAAUGAAGAAAGUGUUAAAGUAUCAAACACUCUUUUCAAGGAGAUACAGGCACUAGGAAUACAGAAUAUCAUUAUUAACCCAAAGACAAACUCAAUAGAAGUAACUGAACAGAUUGUUCUAGCCAGGAAAGGAGAGCACAUGACAGAAGAACAAGAGAAGAUGGCAAAGAUACUUGGUCUGAAGAACAAGAGACACGGUGCAACAAUUGUUGGGCGUGCUGAAAUACCACAAGAAUAA